GGGUGCGAUAGAUCAUGAUAGAUGCGCGGGCGCGGGUAGCUUGGGGUGGGUCGUCGCGGCACGGACCCGUGUCACAAUCCCUUUAGCCACUGUUGCCCCGCGAAACGGAACGCUGAGUUACACGGCCUUUUUUACUUUUCAUACAACUGGACUUAUAGGAUUAUUUUCCUUUGCUUCUUCUCUAUGUGUAUUUACGACGACAUUAAUACAUUUACUGUAUUUAUUGUCUAUGAAAUCUAAUUUAAAAAAUAGUAGGAACCCGAUACAUACCUACCUACCUAUAAUAUUUAAUCAACAUAAUUAUAAUUCACUGCUCAAAAAAAAUUUACAGAUGAAGUAAUAAAGAAGGAAAUUAGUUUAAAAUAAGUCAACAUUAAGACAUAGUUUCUGAAAUUGAAGAAAAUGGCACUGUUCAGUGUGCUUCGUUUGAGGUUAAAUAAAACUCUACCUGAUUUAAGAUCAUCUCUUCGAUUCUAUUGUUCAUCAACAGAUAAUGGACCCAAUGAAUCCGAUGAGCAACCAGCGGUUGAUCCUACUAAGGACAGGACCAAAGUUAUUCCAGUCGAACAAAGUCUAAGAUAUUUGGCAAGUAAAGCGUAUAUGCAUACCUACGGUGAAAAUCCAGUGUGGCUAUUAUAUCGGCGUAAUCAUAAAGGUGGUAUACCUCCUAGAAAAACAAGGAAAUCUUGUGUUAGAAACGGGAUGAUUUCAACAGGAAAUCCUUGUCCUAUUUGUAGAGAUGAAUAUCUGGUACUAGAUCACAGAAACACUAAGUUACUUCAACAAUUCAUUUCGAAUUAUACUGGACAGAUUUUACAACCUUCAAAGACAGGCUUAUGCCAGAAAAAACACAAAGAACUCUUGGUUGCUAUUGAAAGAGCUUGGGACCAAGGUUUGCUUACAUAUGAUGUACCAUUCAGAGUAUAUGAUUAUUCAGUUUAUAACAAAAGUACUGCAUCCCACCAGAAUUGAUGUAAUUAGAAUAGCAAUGUUUGAGUUUUGAGUAGUAAUAAACGGUCAGCAUCCUAA